UUGGGUGGAGCUGGGCUUUGGGAACGGUACAGGGCAGGAGCAGGAGGAGCAAGACGGGUAGGGAGGAAGGCGCCCUCUGGCCAAGGAGCCCUGCCUUCAAGCCACUUUCCCGUUCUCCAGCUUUGCGGAUAUCCUGUUUGUGACCAUCCCCUCCCAGAACAUGCUGGAGUUCAACCUGGCCAGCGAGAAGGUCAUCCUCUUCUCAGCCCGAGCUCCCCAGGUCAAGGCCCUGGUGGACGACUUCAUCCUGGAGCUGAAGAAGGACUCGGACUACGUGGUCGCGGUGAGGAACUUCCUGCCCGAAGACCCCGCGCUGCUGGCCUUCCACAAGGGCGACAUCAUCCACCUGCAGCCCCUGGAGCCUCCUCGAAUGGGCUACAGUGCCGGCUGCGUUGUCCGCAAGAAGGUCGUGCACCUGGAGGAACUGCGGCGCAGAGGCCCCGACUUUGGCUGGAGAUUCGGCACCAUCCACGGGCGCGUGGGCCGCUUCCCUUCGGAGCUGGUGCAGCCUGCCGCCGCCCCCGAUUUCCUACAGUUGCCAGCCGAGCCAGGCCGGGGCCGGGCCGCCGCCGUGGCCGCUGCGGUGGCCUCCACAGCGGCUGCGUGGGAGGUGGGCCGCAGGAGGGAGGGUCCCCCGGUCAGGGCUGGCCCCCCUGACCGAGCAGAGGACCGCCUGACUCUCCCCCCGUACUCGAUGCUUGAGUUUGCCCAGAAGUAUUUCCGAGAUCCACAGAGGAGACCCCAGGAUGGCCUCAGGCUAAAAUCCAAGGAGGGUCGGGAGUCCAGAACCUUGGAAGACAUGCUUUGCUUCACCAAGACCCCACUCCAGGAAUCUCUCAUCGAGCUCAGCGACAGCAGCCUCAACAAGAUGGCCACCGACAUGUUCCUAGCUGUGAUGAGGUUCAUGGGUGAUGCUCCGCUGAAGGGCCAGAGUGAACUGGAUGUGCUUUACACCCUCCUGAAGCUGUGUGCGGACCAUGAAGUCAUGCGGGAUGAGUGUUACUGCCAAGUUGUGAAGCAGAUCACGGACAACACCAGUACCAAGCUGGACAGCUGCCUGCGAGGCUGGAGGCUGUUGUACAUCAUGGCUGCCUACCACAGUUGCUCCGAGGUCCUCCAGCCACACCUCGUUCGCUUCCUCCAGGACGUGAGCCGGACUCCAGGCCUGCCCUUCCAAGGUAUUGCUAAGGCCUGCGAACAGAAUCUGCAGAAAACCUUGCGCUUCGGUGGCCGCGUGGAGCUCCCCAGCAGCAUGGAGCUUCGGGCCAUGUUGGCGGGCCGCAGUUCCAAGAGGCAGCUCUUUCUUCUCCCUGGAGGCCUUGAACGCCAUCUCAAAAUCAAAACGUGCACUGUGGCCCUGGACAUGGUGGAAGAAAUCUGUGCCGAGAUGGCUCUGACACGCCCCGAGGCCUUCAGCGAGUACGUCAUUUUUGUCGUCACCAACCGAGGCCAGCACGUGUGCCCGCUCAGCCGCUGUGCCUACAUCCUGGACGUGGCCUUGGAGAUGGAGCAGGUGGAUGGUGGCUGCAUGCUCUGGUUCCGGCGUGUGCUCUGGGAUCAGCCACUCAAGUUCGAGAAUGAGCUCUACGUGACCAUGCACUACAACCAGGUCCUGCCCGACUACCUGAAGGGCCUGUUCAGCAGCGUGCCAGCAGGUCAGCCCAGCGAGCAACAGCUGCAGCAAAUGUCCAAGCUGGCCUCCCUGCAGCACCGGGCCAAGGACCGCUCCUACCUGCCCAGUGUGCGAGAGGUGCAGGACUACAUCCCGGCCCAGCUGUACCGCACCCUGGCCGGCUCGGCCUGGCUCAACCUGCUGGGCCAGCACCAGCAGCAGACACAGGCGCUCAGCCCCCACCAGGCCCGUGCCCAGUUUCUGGGCCUCAUCAGCGCCCUACCCUUGUUCGGCUCCUCCUUCUUCUUCGUCCAGAGCUGCAGCAACGCCUCGGUGCCAGCCCCCUGCAUCCUUGCCGUCAACCAGAAUGGCCUCAACUUCCUCAGCGCCGAGACCCACGAGCUGGUGCUGAAGAUCCCCCUGAAGGAGAUCCAGUCAACUCGAACCCAGCGACCCACGGCCAACUCCAGCUACCCAUAUGUGGAGAUUGCACUGGGGGAUGUGGUGGCCCAGCGCACCAUGCAGCUGCAGCUGGAGCAGGGCCUGGAGCUGUGUCGGGUGGUGGCCGUGCACGUGGAGAGCCUGCUCAGUGCCCGUGAGAAGCGGCUCACGCUGCCCCCCAGCGAGAUUACGCUGCUGUGACCCAGCCCCCGGCCCUCCAGCUGCCCUCUCCCAGAAGGCUUGCUGUGUGGCCCCAGGGAGGUACUGGGUCUCUCUGGGCCAGUGACCCCUGGAAGGGACCAGACGCUUGGUAGGGAGACUAAGAGGUGGUAGGACGAAUGACCUAAGUUCCCGGGCAUCACAUACGCAGUAUGGGCCCGGCCCCAACUCGCCCCUGUGGCAGAGAAGCCCCACACCAAUGGUCUAGUCACACUGGACUCUGCAUUUGCUUUACUGCGGGUCUGAUGUUCAAAUCUGCUGCCGCUCCACAUCUCAGCCCCUCACGUGCCCUCCAGUGCUCCCCGCACCGCUGCUCAGCUUGGAUUUCUGACCCUUGGUCUUGUCUGUGCACAUAAAGGGUGUGCCUGGCAGCCAUUCCUCCCUCCACACAGUUGCUGAGUAGCUGGAAAAGCAGCCUAAGGGAGGAGGCAGGAAUUGGGAGGCCCAGCUGAGCCCCUGACUCACUGCCCGUGAACAGAGCGCCCAGCAGAGACCUGUCCUUAUCUCUCCCUGCAGACCCGUCCCCCCAACUCCACACUCCUUAGGUAGCCCCAACCCCAGGCCCCCAUCACUGGGUGGCUCACACAAGGUUUGAGAGGGGUAUCGUGCAGGGAGAGAGAAGUUUCACGUCAGAGUCUGGGGAGGAAGCAAUCUGGCGAAGGCUUCCCAGAGAAUGGGACACAGGGGUUGGGUUUUGAAGGAUGGGUUUAGGCAUUUGCUAGGAAUAGAUGGAGGGGAGGGGAAUGAACAUUCCAGAGAAAACAGUGUUCAUUCCAUAUUGUAUCCCCCAGAGCCUAGGACAGUGCCUAUCACAGAGUAGGCACUUGCACAACGCUUGUUACAUGGAUGAAAGGAUAAAUAAAUAAAUG